AUGAGUGUAGCAAAUACCUUACCGACAAAUGGCCAAGCCUGGAACGAUGCCGUUGACGCACUUGGGCUCGGGUCACUCAGCAUCCAGACUUGUGAAGCGAAGUCAGGGUCUAAGAUCGAAUUUGAGCAGUUCCUCUUACUGCGUUCUUUAUGGCCCGAUACUAAGACUGCCUCGGCAUUGAACGAGUAUUUUGGAGAGGACAGGCGCAGCACUUUCCAUAGUCAGAGGGUGGCGGCGAAUACCUUCCUGGAGGAAUUCGCUUCCUGGCGCACAUACCUUGAGAUGAUAGAACAUAAUCGCAGUCUCAGCUCGCAAGGUGUCGGUUCCACGACAAGUCAUCUGGAGGGAACAUUCGCCACAGCUCUACAAUACCAGCGCCUCUGUGAUAAAACGACGACAAUUCCUCCUAAGGAUGCAGAUGAUUUUUUCAGGGUCAUUGUAUUCCCGAGGGGAAGCCCCGGUAGAGAGCGAUGGCAAGCCAACACCCCUCCAACUCCAACACCCAUUGAUAAGACCAUCGUUCGAGAUAUGUUGCCCAAAUUCAGUGCGCUCGAGCUGUCACCCAACACCCUCUUCCUCGCUGCUGAGUCUUCGCAACCUCCCCAGCCUAUCCCACAUGGCAACACAUCUUCUUCCGAGCAGACCUUCGAUCCCAUCGAGGACGAGCAGAUCGUAAAUACGGCCUUGCUUCUGUUUCUGCAGUCCUUGACAGUCCACUACCCCAAACUCGAUUUCACAUGGAGUUUGAAGAGAUAUGCCUUUGUGCUACGAGACAACAAUCACCAGAAGGUCUAUGAGGCGCAGGUUGAUGGUUUGCUGCGGGACGAUCGGACCAAAGAGCCUAAAAUCAUCGUUGAGGUGAAACCCUUCCUUCGGGAACCCAUUCCUGCCGUCUACGCCAAAAUUCGGAUGCAAGAAACUGCUCAAAUGGCUGCUUGGAUUGCAAUGCAUCCACCUCCUCUUAGUCAUACUAUGCACCGGCGACUACUAGUAUCACAAGACCGGGAAGACAUCUAUUUGAUCGUCGCCACUUUCAACGACGACUACGUCCAGUACAUCUCUCACAGAAACUCCACACCCUCAAAGUCUACGAAAUCCUUCCUUGUGAUGCAGGAGUAUGGUCCCUUCUCUGUCUACAACCACGACUUAAUGUCACAAUUGGGCAGAACAAUGCUUGCU